CCUUUCCGAGGUUCAAAGUCAAAAGCUGGACGACGCUUAUCCUGGUGGGUGGCUGGCUAUAAAUAAGUGUGCUCUCCAUACAGUAUAUAUAUAUUAUAUCUAUGGGUGGCGAGUCCCCCGGCGCAGUGCCGACCAACGUCGUGGUGCCCGUGCAAUUGGCGCAGUUGGCGCUGCAGCGUCGCAACAGCGACGCCCUCGCCAAGAUCGACUCGUUCUUGGACUCACUCCUCGCUGCAUCAUCGUCAAAGGCCGCGUUGCUGUUGGACUCCGCCAUCAACCACAGCGCGUCCUCCUCUAGUAGUACCAUCGACGCCACCAGUCUCAAGAAGAAACACCCGGCGACGACGACCCUGGACGGUGGUGCCACGCACGUGGACUUACACCACGACCUAGGGAUCGAUAUCCUCGUCAACGUGUUUUCCGAGUUUGAAGCGUCCGGCGUGACGGCGUACUCGUCGGCCACGCUGCGGGACGAGGAAAAGAAGCAGAUGUGGCUACUCAGGCAGUCGUUGGCCCAACAGUUGACAACGACAAAAAUCCCCCAAGCGUCGCCGUCCAAACGGGAUCUACUCAAGGAUCGAUAUGGAAUAUCUCACGCCACGGCGGUAAAUGGUGCGAUGCCGACCGGGCAGACCCGCCGCACUGUGUUCGCCAAGCAGUCGAGCUCGAACUUUAACCUGGGCAUGCUCAUGGAAGUGGAGAUGGAGCAUCGCUUGAAGGAGCUGUUCUCGGUCGCGUCCGAGUUCCACACCAUCAUGAACAAGACCCAGGUGCACGUCUUGAGUGCGUGCGUGGUGGACGUGAACCAGGACAUGACAACGCCUCUGGUCGUGGAGGACAAACCCCAACGAGUGCUCAAUACGGAACUAUCCUUGCUUCAAAAAGACGAAGUAUUGACCUUUGGCAGCUUUAAGAACAGGUUCCUCAAGCUGAAUCCGAGGCGGAGCGUAACUCAUACGCAACAAGUAGCGUGGCUGGAUAGCGUCUACCAAGCCAUGUUGAAUAUAUCGGCGUUGCAUACCGUUCCUGGCAAAGACAUAAGCGCAAAGAGCCCGCGGCGACCCCAAGUGGUGCCGCCGAAACCCACUGCCGUCGCAUCGCUUUCGAGUUCCACUAAGGUCGUACCUAUGAAAACGACGACCCAAAAGACAACUUCCCCACAAGGGAAGAUAGAGCCCACCGCAUUCCCCACAAAGCAUCGACUGACGAAACUCCAAUAUCACGACAUCCUGGACGAGGAGAAGCCAUGGAUGGCGCAGGCGGCGCGCGCGAUCGUGACGCCGUCGCAACAAGUGCUCGACAUCACGAGCCACCCCUCGUCUUCCUCACUGCGACUCGUUCACAAAACACACGGAGACGACGUGUAUGACCAUGACUCGUCUGACGCGCUCGACGAAUUGGACCAGUCCAUGCAGUCGCCGGUAAGACGGGAGAAGCGAGACAGCGUCGACCUCACCAAACACAUGGGCGUGAUGCCGCGAUGGAAGAAGAGGGAUAGCGUCGAUCUCAUGCAUGCGAAGCGGGCCAAGGAGAAGCUGCGACCUGCCGCCAUCGUCUACGACAACACCAAGGGCCAGGCACCCAACAUCCGGCAAAAGCUCCAAGAGUGCAAGGUCAUGAUGCUGUCGCUGACAAAUUUGAAUUUUGGCAAAAAAUAGCAAACAUGUCAAUAUUGACCUAUUUUCAGAUGCUAUACGUG